AUCCGCGCUGCUGGAUCGCGCGCAGUCUCGCGCCGCGGCCGUCCGGAGUUUUGCAAACGGCGCCGCGGGUCUGCGAGUUGAGUCUGCAGCCGCUUCCUCGUCCUCCGCCUUGUCCUCGGCGGCGGCCCGAGUUGGGCCGUGUCAGGCCGGGCCCGCGCGGGGUGCUGGUGGCUGCGGCGGACGUGCGGCGGGAGGGGGCGGGGGCCGCUGCCUUUUCAGGGGCCCGGGCCGGCCCGCGCCUUUGCAGCGUGCUCCAUGCAUCCGGAGCCCGCCCCGCCCCCGAGCAGCACCAGCCCCGAGCUUCCCCUCGGCGGCGGCAGCACCUCCAGCGGCAGCCGCCGGAGCCACCGCCGCAGCGGGGACGGGGAACCCCCCGGGUCCCCGCCGCCUCCGCCCGCCGUCACCUACCCGGACUGGAUCGGCCAGCGUUACUCCGAGGUGAUGAGCCUCAACGAGCACUCGAUGCAGGCGCUGUCCUGGCGCAAGCUCUACUUGAGCCGCGCCAAGCUCAAAGCUUCCAGCCGGACCUCGGCUCUGCUCUCCGGCUUCGCCAUGGUGGCGAUGGUGGAGGUGCAGCUGGACGCUGACCACGACUACCCACCGGGGCUGCUGAUCGCCUUCAGUGCCUGCACCACGGUGCUGGUGGCCGUGCACCUGUUCGCCCUCAUGAUCAGCACCUGCAUCCUGCCCAACAUCGAGGCCGUGAGCAACGUGCACAACCUCAACUCGGUCAAGGAGUCGCCCCACGAGCGCAUGCACCGCCACAUCGAGCUGGCCUGGGCCUUCUCCACUGUCAUCGGCACGCUGCUCUUCCUGGCCGAAGUCGUGCUUCUCUGCUGGGUCAAGUUCCUGCCCCUCAAGAAGCAGCCUGGUCAGCUGCGGCCCACCAGCAAGCCCCCCGCCGGCGGCGUGGCCCCCAACGGCAGCAGCGGCGGCAUCACCCCGGGCCAGGCGGCCGCCAUCGCCUCCACCACCAUCAUGGUCCCCUUCGGCCUGGUCUUCAUCGUCUUCGCCGUCCACUUUUACCGCUCACUGGUCAGCCACAAGACGGACCGACAGUUCCAGGAGCUCAAUGAGCUGGCGGAGUUUGCCCGCUUGCAGGACCAGCUGGACCACAGAGGGGACCACCCCCUGACGCCCGGCAGCCACUAUGCCUAAGCAUCCCCUUGCCCUCAAGACUCUUCCCCAUGACCUUGCCCUGCCUGGCCUCAAGGACAGCCUGUGCAGGGGGCUGGGCUUUCCUUGGGGCAGAGAGGAGAGGGAAGAGGGUUGUUUGUUUUUUUUUUUUUAAAGAGAAAUUGCUGCACUUUGAAACUUUCCUCUAAGAGAGUAAGCACUUCCUGUCCUUCCAGAUCCAGGUUCACCUGUCAGGAGGCAGCGGGGGCUGGAGCAGGGACAAACGCCCCCUGGGUCCCUCCUCCUGUCCCUGCAGUGCCCCUGAAUACUUCCUGACCUUUCCAUCUCGACCUCCCUCCCCAUUCAGCGGCAAGUGUGUGUGUGCGUGUGAACACAAAUAUACUCCUAAGGGACAGUG